GAUGACUCUUGCCUCUACAGUCUUUUCGAUAUUAUUCACUUUGACUGAGCUGGGUCAAGAGAUCCAUUUCGGCUGCUGAGCACGCAGUCUCCAGCAAGUCAUUCUGUUCUCUGUCUCUCCCAGAACUCGCUUCGGAGAGCUUGGUUCGACUGACCAGCUUGUAGAGAAAGAAAUCUUCAUCAGAGGCUCCUCACCAUGCCGACCAUCACAGUGGACAAGGCUGCCCUUUUCCAGGCACUCGGAAGAGACUACACAACGGAGGAGUUCGACGAGCUAUGUUUUGAUUUCGGGAUUGAGCUCGAUGAGGACACCUCACUGACAGAACGACCGAUUGUCAACGGCAAACAAGAGCCUCCUCAGUUAAAGAUCGAGAUCCCAGCCAAUCGAUAUGACAUGUUGUGCCUCGAGGGCAUUCAACUCAUGCUGAACAUCUUCAAUCGCAGAGUGUCCGCUCCCAAAUAUGUCCUCAAAGCGCCGCCAAAGGGAGAAAUCCAGACCAUCACAGUUUCGAAGGAUUGCGAGAGGAUACGGCCAUACGUCUCUGGCGCAAUUUUGCGAAACAUCAAAUUCGACCAGGCCAGAUACGAGUCUUUCAUUGACCUGCAAGACAAACUGCACCAAAACCUGGCGCGGCAGCGGACAUUGGUGUCGAUCGGAACGCAUGACCUCGACUCCAUCAAGGGGCCGUUCACCUACGAAGCCCUCCCUCCCAGGGACAUCAAAUUCGUGCCGUUGAACCAGACCAAGGAAUUGGACGGCGAAGAGCUCAUGCAGUUCUAUGAAAAGGACAAGCAUCUAGGCCGCUUCCUGCACAUUAUCAGGGACUCUCCGGUGUACCCAGUCAUCUACGACUCCAACCACAACGUCUGCUCCUUGCCGCCAAUCAUCAACGGCGAUCUCAGCAAAAUCACUCUCAACACCAAGAAUGUCUUUAUGGAAGUCACCGCCACAGAUAAGACCAAGUUAGAGAUCGUUGUCAACAUGAUGGUCACUAUGUUCUCCCAAUACACCUCAGACCAAUUCACCGUCGAACCCAUCCAGAUCGUCUCCGAACACAACGGUCAAUCGAGACAAGUCCCUGAUCUUACACCUCGAUCCACAGUUGCUGAGGUGGACUACAUCAACGCCUGCUGCGGUCUUUCGCUGUCGGCGCAAGAAAUUUGCAAUCUCUUGACACGUAUGUCCUACACGGCGCGCCCGUCAAAGUCGGACCAGAAUCUCAUCGACGUGGACGUCCCGCCUACUCGAGCAGAUGUGCUCCAUCAAGCAGAUAUCAUGGAAGACGUCUGCAUCGCCUAUGGCUUCAACAAGCUGCCUCGUGCGUUUCCCAAAGUUGGAGCCACAAUCGCUGCACCACUGGCAAUCAACAAGCUCUCUGACAUUCUGCGUCUUGAAGCCGCCAUGGCGGGAUGGGCAGAGGUCCUUCCACUUAUUCUCUGUUCGCACGAUGAGAACUUUGCGUGGCUAAACCGCAAGGAUGAUGGCAAUACCGCAGUGCGGCUGGCCAAUCCAAAGACGGCGGAAUACCAAGUCGUCCGCACGACCUUGCUGCCCGGCUUGUUGAAGACGAUCCGCGAGAACAAGCACCACUCUAUCCCUAUUAAGAUCUUCGAGGUUAGUGAUGUUGCCUUCAAGGAUGCUAAUUUGGAACGCAAGGCCCGGAAUGAGCGACACUUUGCUGCCGCAUGGUACGGCAAAACCUCAGGUUUUGAAGUUGUCCACGGUCUCCUGGACCGUCUCAUGGCUAUGCUCAAAACGGCUUUCAUCACUCACGAGGAAGGACUCGAAAUGCGCGGAGAUGGAGCAGGGAAUGGAAAGAAAAUGGAAUACUGGAUCCAAGAGCUGGAUGAUGCGACCUAUUUCCCUGGUCACGGAGCCAGCAUCCACGCGAGAAUUGCCGGGAAAGAAGUCGUUAUUGGGAGCUUUGGAAUCCUGCAUCCAACGGUACUGGAGAAGUUCGAGUUGAGAUAUCCAGUCAGUGCGUUGGAGUUCAAUGUUGAGGUGUUCUUGUAGUUAGAAUUAAGAACUCGAUGUCUGCCCGACGCUAUUUAGGAAAAAGCCCGUGACAUGUUUUCUCUG